UGGCUAGGUGACCCGAGGCGACGCCGGGGGCUGGAGACGCGGUCCGUCCGAGUGGCUCGGAACCCUGAGCCCGCGAUCCUCCCUCCCCGGGACAUGGAGUCCCGCGCGCCCCGCGUCCGGCUCGGUCCUGGGCCCUUCCGGGUCUGACGGAAUCCCGCAACCAUGAGCCGCAACCCGCAGUGGGACGUCCCCAGGGCACUGGGGGUGGCCAGGCUCUUCCACUUGGUGUGCGGGGUCCGGGAUGCCUGUGUGACCCCGUUCCUGACCCUCUACCUGAGGCAACUGGGUGUGGCCGCGCCCUGGGUGGGCGUCCUCAUGGGAACCAAGCACCUGGUCGCAGCCUGCUGGACUCCCUUCUGCGCCUUCCUGGCCAGACGCUACCAGAAAAGGCGAAUGUUUCUGACCGGCUCAUUGCUGGGCUCCGCAGGAGCCAGCCUCCUGAUGGUCCUCGUCCCCCCGGUGGACAGAAAUCUGGCCAACCACUUUUGUAAUGGGAGCAACAGAGUGGCCACCACUGUCCUACCACUGGGGGUCACACGAUCUGUGACCAUGACCUCCGCCCAGGGGUCAGUCCCAAACCACUGGGCAGGAGGAGCACCCAGCCUCCCAGGCAGCAGACACACCAGAGCUCUGGACACAGCUGUCUUUCCAAACGGAUCUGGUAAAAAUCAAGAACGGAUACUGCGCGGUCUACAGGCCUAUUUAGCUGGUUCUGUUGAAGGAGCCAGGACCACUACCCAAGCUCUCCAUCCUGUCGCUUUUGGGUUGAGAGCUAAUGCCCAGGAAGGGACUUUUGAGGUGGAAAGUGCUACCCUGGGUCCACUUCCUGGAAGUACAGCCCUUGGAAGUCCGGGCAACUUGUCAGAGACCCAGGGGGAUGUCCAGACCCUUGACCACUCCUGGAAAGGGCCGCAGUGGACCUUCAUCCUCUCCUUGGGGUUUGUGGUAUUCUGGGAACUGCUGACAGCCCCUCUGGAGCAGGUGGCAGAUGACAGUCUUUAUGAAUACCUGGAUUUUGUAGACGCCACUGACCGGAACAGAAACCUGUGUAUGUGGAGAGUGUUGGGAAUGUCAGCAGGGGUGUGCGGCAUCGCAGCCUUGGUGGGGCAUCUGGAAUGCUACCUCGUGACCAAUGGUCCUCGGGGCGUGAUUCAUUUCUACAGCUACUCACUGGUCAGUACUCUGGCCUUGGUGGUGAGCACGGCCUUUCCUGUCCCCAUCGACCAGCAGCAGGGGCCGAGCUACAAAACCAUCAAAGCCCUGUCCCUCAUAAGGAGUGACUCCCGCCUCAUCCUCCUCGCCUUCAUUGUCUUUUGGGUAGGAGCCACUGCCAGCGCGGUGCAGAACUUCCUGUUCUGGCUCAUGAAGGACCACGGCAGCAGCGAGCUGGUGAUGGGUUUCUCGGUGGCUCUCGGCUUGCUAGGAGAAGUUCUGUUCCAUCUGUUCAGAGCUUCGCUGCUCAGGAAACUGUCUAGGGUGGGUGUGCUGGGGCUGGGGCUGGGCUGCCUGGCUCUGCAGAUGUUUUACUACUCUUUCAUCUGGAGCUGGUGGUCUGUCCUUCCCGUUCAGAUCCUGAGUGCCAUGAGCAGUGGGGCUCUGUGGUGGGCCGUGGGGGCCUCCAUAGAGGACCUGGCCACCUCUGGCCUGGAGAGGUCUCUGAGCACCAUGUUCCGAGGUCACUUCUACGGAAGCGGCUGCAGCCUAGGCAGCUUUGUGGGGGGCUUCGUCGUCGUGCACUUCGGCAUAGCUGUGCUCUACCAAGCCUGCUGCGUGGUGCUCCUGUUCUGGCUGGCCUUGCUCCUGUCCACCCAGCCCAGGCUGCCCCAAAAGCGGAGGAUCAACUACUCCAAGCUGCUGGCUAUGGAGGGAAGCGAUACCAGCGGCUCCGAGCAGGGGUCGGAACGGGACUGGCUGGUAAAGGCCAUGAGGGAGGAGCACGUGGACUGGAAGGGCUGAGAGGUCCCGGCACACCGGAGGAAAGCACUCGUGGGUGGGACGGGACUCCUGCUCUGGACUACCGGGGGCCUUAAGGGAGAGAGCCAUGCCUAUGCCAAAGUCACAACAGGGUCUACUCGUUGCCUGAUUUCACUUUGUAGUAAAAGGAGGUUUUUAGUUUU